GGCCCCCGCCGAGUGCGAGCCCGGGCGGAGGGUAGGGCAGGGCGUGCGUCCCGGGGAGCGCGCGGGCGGCCGGGCCCUCCGCACCAUGUACACCAUCACCAAGGGGCCCAGCAAGCUGGUCGCGCAGCGCCGCACAGGUCCCUCGCAGCAGCAGGUGGAGAGCCGGCUCGGCGAGCUCCUGAAAUGCCGGCAGCCCGCGCCGCCGACCCCAGCGCCCCCGCGGGCGCAGCCGCCGGGACCCUGGCCCCUGUCGAGUCCGGGGCCAAGGCUUGUGUUCAAUCGGGUGAAUGGCCGGCGGCCCCCUGCCACAUCUCCAUCCCUUGAGGGAACCCAAGAGACCUAUACGGUGGCCCAUGAGGAAAACGUCCGGUUUGUUUCUGAAGCUUGGCAGCAAGUGGAGCAGCAGCUGGGCAGUGGCCCAGCUGGCGCUAGUGGGCCUAGGCCUGUGCAGUACGUGGAGAAGACCCCCAACCCCCGGCUGCAGAACUUCGUGCCCAUUGACCUGGACGAGUGGUGGGCGCAGCAGUUCCUGGCCAGAAUCACAAACUGCUCCUAGCUGCCUUGGAAGGAGUGUCUGGCCCUGUCCCGUGGUGGACCUCCCCCCCCCCAGGAGAGGACGUCGGAGCCCUG